AUGCUUGACUUUGAAAACAAGAUCAUCGUUAUCACGGGAGCCGCAGGUGGCAUCGGUCAGGCAGUCGCUCUUGAGCUCGCCGCAGCCGGUGCCAUCAUCGUCAUGGCUGAUAUUCAAACCGGGACGCAGGAAGUCGUCGCCUCCCAAAUCAAGGCAAAUGGCGGCCAGGCUUUUUCGUACCACUGCGACGUUUCCAGUGAUGAGUCUGUAUCUAAGUUCGCAGCCUCUGUUCUGGACAUCAUCGGAGUUCCCGACAUCCUUUAUAACAACGCUGUCUUCUUUCGAACUGGUGGAAUUCUCAACAUUGAUCUCGACAUUCUCCGGCGCGAGUUUGACGUCAACGUCUUGGGGUAUAUACGAAUUGCACAAAGUUUCUUGCCCGCCAUGAUUGACCGGGGGUCCGGCUGGAUCGCCAACACGGCGUCACCAAAUGCCUUUGUUCCACCACAACCUGUAGCCGAGGGCAUGCUGGGCUAUUGCAUUACAAAGGGAGCUGAGGCCGCUUUGACUCAAUGCAUGGCUAAGUCGCUCAUGUCCAAGGGUGUCGGGGUCAGUCUUGUAAUUCCUGAUGUUACCUAUACCGAUUCGGCCCUCAAUAUCUCCGGAAAUGCCUCGGACGAAUGGCAUGAGAAUUUCAAAAAAUUCUUCACGAAAAUCAGUCGCCCAGCAGGAGAUGUAGCAAAACUACUUGUUCAAGGCCUGAGAGAGGAAAAGUAUCUCAUUAGCGCACAUCCUAGGUUCGACAAAGUUCUCCGCGAAUGGGUGCAGCACGAUCUGGAUCCCCAUCGCGAUUAUCUUCGACGUCAGAAUUAA